CCUGACAGGUGCCCAGAGAGGAUGGGCAGACGUGAGGCGGACAGUAGAGGCGCAAUGAACACCAGCGACCGCUCCGAUCUCGGUUGUCUACAGGACUCAGUGUCCGAGCGCUCUCCGAGGCUCCAUAGCCGCCGUCCCUGCAGCGCGGACAACCGGCUGGGAGACCCAGACAUAGAGGCGGAGAGCCGGGCACCGACUGCCAAAGCGCCGCCGAUGGAAGUGAAGAAGCACCAGCACAAACACAACUUGAAACACCGUUAUGAGGUGAUGGAGACUUUGGGUAAAGGCACCUACGGCAAAGUGAAGAGGGCAGUGGAGAGAGCAAGCCUGAAGACAGUGGCGAUCAAGUCCAUCCGUAAGGAGCGCAUUACUGACGACCUGGAUAGAAUUCACAUCCAGAGAGAGAUUGAGAUCACCUCCUCACUCAGGCACUCUAACAUCAUACGCUUUCAUGAGGUGUUCGAGAGCCGGGAUAAGAUCGUGAUAGUGAUGGAGUAUGCUAGCAGAGGAGAGUUGUACGAUUACAUCCAGGAAAAGAGAAGACUGCCAGAAACAGAAGCCAGAAGCAUCUUUAGACAAAUCACAUCGGCUGUCCACUACUGCCACAAGAAUGGUGUUGUACAUCGAGACCUCAAGUUGGAGAACAUCUUAUUAGAUCAAGAUCUGAAUGUAAAGCUGGCAGACUUUGGGCUUUCCAAUCAUUUCCAGAGGGGCAGUCUGCUGCAGACAUACUGUGGAAGUCCGCUCUACGCUGCUCCAGAGAUAGUGAAAGGCUUGCCAUACCAGGGGCCAGAGGUGGACUGCUGGGCACUGGGGGUGUUACUGUAUGCCCUGGUGUACUGCAGCAUGCCAUUUGACGGAGCCAGUCACACAUUGCUCACAGAGCAGAUUAGCCAAGGUUGCUAUCGCAGACCCAACCCCCCAUCAGACGCCUGUGCUCUUAUCGACUGGUUGUUGACAGUGCGUGUGGAUGAGAGGGCCACCAUAGAGGACGUGGCCAAUCACUGGUGGGUGAACUGGGGUUACGAGGAGAGUGUGUGCGACUGUCCUUCAUCUCCACACCAAGACUGCCCCUCCCCACUGUUGGCUCGCUACAUUGACUGGCAGAAUCAAGUUGCCGCUGCCAGCAGUAUGACAAUUGACCCAGGGUGCCUAUCCUCUGAGUCGUCCCAUCCAUCUCCCCACCCCUUUUACUUCAGCUUACCUCUGAAGGGCGAUCGUGGAGGAGGAGGAGGGGCGGGAAGGGUACGUGGAGGACUAUCAAGCCUCAGGAAAUCACGCAAGGAGAACGCAAUUCCCCAGACCGCACUCGGAGCGUGUGGUGGUGUUUGUGCAACAGCGGCCUCCACCGCUACGGCUUCAGCCACUUCCACCAUUGAAAGGAAGAAACCCAAGGGUAUUCUGAAACCCCAGAGGAGUUUUGACUCAGUCUUUCACAACCCUCCAAAGGAAAACUCCCCCUCCCAACCAUGUAAUGCUGCUCCCCAGCCUUAUCGAACACACACACUUGCCCACACCCAUGCUGAAGUCCUGUCCUCCAGCCUGCCACCCCCCUCUACAUUCAGUCAGCCCUCUUCUAAAAUGCCCAAGAAAGGGAUACUUAAAAACUUGUAUGGAGGGGAGUCAGUUUAUGGUUCCUCCUCAGAAAAAAGAGGCUCUGGAUCAGGAGUUAAAGAAAGUAGUGCAGGUGAUUUGUGCUCCCAUAAACAGUACAGUUGUCUCCCAGCAGCAGAACACAGCCCAACCAUGCGUACAGAGGCAGUAAGAAGAAGGAAGGGUAUUCUAAAACGUAACGGCAAGUUCUCACGUAGUCUGGACCUUCCUGAUGACCGCCACUCAUCUCCACCUUCGGCCACCACACUGUUCCCCGAGGCUCUGCAGCAGCUCCUUCAGGCCCCAGGGGGCACAGAGGGCCACCACAGCCGUCCCUCCAGCAUUGUGAGCGAGGACAGCCUCUUUUCCUCCGAUUCCUUUGAUCUACUGGACCUCAGCGCCCAAUCACGUCGCAGGAUUUUCUCCCGGCGAAUGCAGCACAGCGCAUGCAGCUCAGAGGAGGACCUGGAGGCAAACAAGGCCAAUGAAGAAGAAGAAAGGCUGAAGGAAAUGCUAACAUAA